AAACAUUUUGUUAUAAAUAACAGCAUUUUUUUACAUUACAUAAUUGUUAAUACAGUUUCCAUUAAAACUUAUGAUCCAAAUAUUAAUCAACAACGAGAUAUCUAUGGCGAGAUAGUUCACGAUCCAGAACAUAUCCGAGAAGAGGCAAAAAAGUUGUUAUAUAUGGCGGCAAAUGAAAAAAUAAAUGACGAAGAAAUUGGAUAUUAUUACAUGAAAUUACAUGAUUUCGAUGCCAAUGACAAACUGGAUGGACUCGAAUUAAUGCAAAGUAUGAUACAUAGUAUAGAACAUCAUCACGAAAAUCAAGUCAAUCAAACAACUGUAACCAACAAUAUUGAUAAUCUAUCAGAAUCUGUUGAUUAUUUUCUUAAAGAAUGUGAUCUAAAUAGUGAUGGAUUUAUUGAAUUUGCCGAAUUUAAAGCUUAUCAAGCUAAAAUUAAAAAAAAUUAA